AUGGAGAACUUCAUCCUCUAUGAAGAAAUUGGAAGAGGCAGCAAGUCAGUCGUUUACAAAGGCAGGAGGAAAGGAAGUAUACAUUUUGUUGCUAUUAUCUGUAGCGAAAAAUGCAAACGGGCUGAACUAACCAACCAUGUCCGACUCACCCAUGACCUGACACAUGAUAACGUGGUGUGCUUCUAUGAAUGGUAUGAGACCAGCAACCAUCUCUGGAUGGUGGUAGAGUUAUGCACAGGGGGCUCACUGGCAGCUGUCAUUGCACAGGAUGAGUGUCUGUCAGAGGACGUCCUACGCGUGUUUGCCAUGGAUCUGGUCAAAGGCUUGAAAUACAUCCAUGACUCUGGCAUUGUCUUCUCAGACCUGACACCAACCAAGAUCUUACUAGAUGGCCCUGGGACUCUGAAGUACUCUAAUUUCUGCCUGGCCAAAGCCGAGGGGGAAAGUUUGGAGGAAUUCUUUGCUCUGGUCCUGUCUGAGGAUUUAGGAACUGUGGACAGCAAGGAGAACAGCACGCCUCGGAAAAACAUCAGAAACCGAAUUCAAGGGUGUCCCACGUACAGUGCUCCGGAGGUGGUAAGAGGAGAAGAGACCAGCGUGUCCAGUGAUCUGUGGGCGUUAGGCUGUGUGCUCUUUGAGAUGUUCACAGGAAAACCACCGUUCUUCUCAGAGAACGUCACAGAUUUAAUUGAUCUCAUUUUGCAUGGAGAUCCUCCCUCUCCAAGGCAAAAAGGGCCAGUUUCUUCUCAGCCUAGUCCAGAAUUUCAGAGUCUUCUGAAGGAGUUGCUUGAGAAAGACCCACAAAAAAGAUUAGGCUGGGAACCAUUACUGGCACAUCCGUUUUGGAGGGGAGCAUUUUUAGAGCGACACGCCAGUGAAGGAGACAGUGAGGAAGAAAUCCUUGUCUGUUCCACGGAGCCGUUGCACACGCUAACCUCCCAGGCAUCAGCGGCGUGCCCCAGCGGAACAGCUGGGCUGUCCAACCUACACCUCAGCAAGUCCUUUACAUUAGACAACAUGACAGAGUUCAGACCGAAGUCUGCCCUGGACACAGACGCCAGAGAGUCAAUCUUUCUGCUCAGCUCCCGCCCAACGCCCAGGACCAGCGGCGCAGGCAGAGAGAGUGAGAGCGGUGUGGAGUCGACACACGAUGACAGUUUACUGGAGAAUGUGGAGAAUGACAUGGGGUCCUCCAUUAAGGAGCUGUUAUACACUGAAUCUGACCUCACAGUCACUCCCAUAAUGGACAACCCAAAGAUUUUGAAGAGCGCUCCUGUACGAUUUGACUCCAAGACGCUGUGUGUGCCAGCAUAUUCAGCUGAGAAACUGGUGUCUCUGAGCUCAGAGGACUGGUCAGUCUUCCUGCAGCAGCUGUGCUCUGUGCUGGAGUCAGCCGAUAAGUCCUCCACCACCUCGGCGGCCCGUACGAAACUCAACCUGCUCUGCUACCUGUGCAACGUGGCCAGUCACAGAGACGCGGCCACACGUCUCACCCACUCCCGCCUGUUCUCACUGUUGACACAGCAGCUGCGUUUGGCGUCUAACUGGGAUGUGAAGACCAAAGUGAUGAGAGUCAUAGGCCUCCUGGCCUCCCACUGCACAGAGCUCAGAGAGAAUGUUCCAAUCACGGAGGCUGUGGCCACGUUCACAGAGCUCAUCAGAGAGAACUUCAGGAACAGCAAGCUGAAGCAGUGCCUCCUGCCGCCACUAGGGGAGCUACUGUACCUUAUUGCCACCCAGGAGGAGAAGAAAGAGCACCCUGGAGGAUUGUGGGUCGUUCCUGCUGCCGCCUACACAGUGUUAAUGAGGUGCCUUCGGGAAGGGGAGGAGCUGGUGGUGAACCACAUGUCAGCCAAGAUCGUGGAGAACGUGUGUACCACAGCGUCACGCUUUGCCCAGGGCUUCAUCACGCCUGAGGUGGGGCCGGUGCUCUGGUAUCUCUUCACUCACUCCACUGUGGAUUCUCUCCGAGUCAGUGCUAUCUCCGCCCUGUGUAGGAUCACUCGUCAUUCGGCAGGGGCCUUCCACAGCGUGAUUGACAAGGUGGGGCUGCCCGCCAUCCUGGCCUGUCUGGGGUCAGCCAUUAGCCGUGUUCAGCAGCACAUGCUCACCAUGUUCGCCGCCAUGCUGGCGUCGGGCGCUCACUCCCAAAGACUCGUCCAGGACAAGGACUUUGUUGUGAAGAUAAUCCGCUCUCUGGAGAGUCCGUCUCCAGUUAUCCGAGCCAAGGCUUUCCUGGUGCUCCUGCAGAUCCUCAGGAGUAACAGAGAGAUGCUCCUCCUAUGCUGCAACUCCAGACUGGUGAUGUACAUCGAAAGAGACAUCCGAAAGGCCACGCCAGGGAAGGAGCAACAAAGCGGCAAUGAAUACCUGUCAAAAUGCCUGGCCCUGUUCAUCCGUCACACCGUGCAGGAGCUGCCAGCCAUCCUGGAUGAUGUCCUGUCAGCGCUGGGGAACAUCGUAGGACGGAAACAUCCUUCCACUGUACAGACACGACACCUCAAACAGAGCCUUCCCAUGAUACCUGUAGUAUUGCAUCUGCUCACCUCACAGAUAUUCAGGCCGCAGGUGGUGACGGGGGACUUUCUCACCAAAUUUGGGGCAUUGCUGAACCACGUAACUUCCAUUGACUCCAGUGAGACGAGUCUAGUGAGCGCUGUAGGUCAAACAGCGUCUGAGGAGCUGAUCAGGAAUGCCCUGUCUGCAGUGGAGGCCAUUUCCCAGCAUCCCACUCUCCUGAGCGCCCACCACUGCACCGUGGUGGACUGGAUUCUGCCGCCCUUGGCUUCUCUGGCGUUCAGUAAGAAUGUGGAGUGGCGGAUCGUGAGCUUGCGGGUCCUGUCAGAGAUCACUCUGCUGUUACUGAACCAGGAGGUGGUAGAGGAGGGGGAGGGAAACGGAGACGGGGAGAGAGACACAGAUGGGCGCUCCUCAAACGCACGCCUCCUGGCCCUCAUCACCGAUGCCCUUCUCCCACAGUAUGAAUCUCUCCUGCUGGAACCCGACCCGGUGCCGGUCUACGCUCUCAGACUGCUAGUGUCACUCACAGAACACAGCUCACCUGUCAGCAGUCUCAUCAGAGAGUCUCGUCUCCUUGCUGUAGUCUUUCAGGUCGUAGUGGAACACCAGAGCAACAUCCUGGGUAGUACGAUGCAGAACGCCAUGGCUCUCCUCAGCAAUCUGAUUGGACAGAAAGACAUUGACCUGCAACCUUUCUACCAUCAAGGUGUGGUAGAGGUGGUGCGUGGCAUACUGAUGGAGGCUGCCAUGCUGUAUCUGGAGAAAGAGGAACAUUCUGGAGUGAAGGCCAGCAGCUCCCUCCUCCUCUCCGUGCUAGACAUCUUACACAGCCUCCUCAAGAGUCUCUCUGCUGUGGUCAGACAGGCUCUGCAGAGGUCAGAUACAGCUGGAGAGACUGAGGCAGCAGAGGAGCUCCUGCUUAUCAACAAGCCACUGACAGAUCUCAACAACAUCCUCAUUCAGAUGUUGCCUUAUGGGGACGUGGAGGUGUACGAGGAGGCCAGCCAGUGUCUGUCCCUGCUGGCUCAGCUGUAUGGAGGAGAUGGUCCUGACUCCCUUCAGCCUGAGGACCUGCGCAGCCUGGCACAGACGCUUCACAUCCACCAGCAAGAGCCCAAACAGCAGAGACUGCUGCUGCGCGUCAUCAAACGCCUGGUGAGCUCUCCAAACGGUCCUGUGCUAACCGUUAUAUAA